CCCACCACCCACACGAGCAGUUUUCAGAUGCAUGCACGAACUCUAGAUAGGAGAGAAAACAAAGCUGGAGAGAGAGGGAGAGAGAGACGUGAGAGCCCUCUUCUUUUUGUUUGGAUUUCUCUUUCAGCAGAAAAAUCCAUUCUUUUCUGUGUCUAUGAAGCGUUAUUGUUUCCUGUGAUAACCUUCCAGGCUAUGUAGCGUAGUCUCAUAUUAAAGCUGGCCACGAACCUCGCUGUUUUCACCUCUUCUUCUUUCUUCCUGCUGUGGAACCGAACCUUAUGAUUUCUGAACGCUACGAGAGAGAAAUCAAGAAAUGGGGUCUGUUAAAUAGCAGGAAGAGAUAUGUGUUUAAUCUCAACAGGGUCUCAGUACACUCUGUUUUCCGAUCCUCUAAUCAACUGUUUUUUUUUUCCUUACAGGUCUUUGAUCCUUCAAUCAUUUUGCAGUUAUUUUCUUGCCAUAAAGGGAUUUUGAGAGGAAGAACACGUCUUCUUUUUUUCUUCUCCCUCUUCUUAUUCUUCCAGUGGAAAUGUUGUGUUACUGAUUCAGGUCAAUGCCCUUCAGUCCAUCUCAUUUUCUUUGUAUGAAUUUGUUUUAUAGUGGUUUGCACUGACAAUGAGUCGUCUGCAACAUUUCAAGAGUGAUUGUGAUAGUUUCAAUGGGUUUCCGGAUAUGAACUUUCUAGUGCCCCCUCCUCUUCCUCCUCCUCCUGGCACUCAACGUUCUUUUUCGCACGUAUCCACUUUUGGAUCCAUAACUCGCCCGAGAGAGAGCGAGCAAGAUCAUUCUAAUGUGGGGUUCCCAAUUCUGAGCACUCCAUUGGAGAAGCAGAAUCAUGUUUGGGAGUUUCAGGGCGGGGAAAACUUUGAGUCAAAAAGAUUGAGUGAUGGGAGUAUUAAUGGGUAUUUUCUGGUUGAGAAGAAAGAUUGUGCUUCUAACAUGCGUGAGUUAGGAGAAAACUGUGGUGGAAGCACUGGGCAUACUAAACUUUGUGCCAGAGGUCAUUGGAGGCCAGCUGAAGAUGCCCGGCUUAAAGAGCUAGUUGCCCUAUAUGGUCCUCAAAAUUGGAACUUGAUUGCUGAAAAGCUUGAAGGCAGAUCAGGUAAAAGUUGCAGAUUGAGAUGGUUUAACCAGCUAGAUCCAAAAAUUAACAAGACGGCUUUCACCGAGGAAGAAGAGGAAAGGCUUUUAGCUGCCCACAGAAUGUAUGGAAACAAAUGGGCUAUGAUAGCCAGGCUGUUCCCUGGGAGGACUGAUAAUGCAGUUAAGAACCAUUGGCAUGUAAUCAUGGCCAGAAAACACAGAGAGCAGUCCAGUUUUUACAGGAGAAGAAAGCCCACUUCCUCCCAUCAUGAGCCUCUCCAUACGGAUUUUGCUAUGACUAAUCUCAACAAUGCACCAAGUGAAUCAGUGAUAGCAAGCGCCGCUGACGAUCCCAGUUCGACGUGCACAGAUCUAUCCCUCUCUACCUCUUCCCCCAGGGUACCUCCUUCUGUUUCCGCUGAUUUCAGUGCAUUUCAUGGCCAUCUGCACCAACCUGCAGCUUACGGUUUACAUUUGGCUGAGGGUCUCAACAAAUUAAAUGGCAGUGGCAACUACGGGUGUCAUCUGAGGCUGAAGGGAAUGCUUGCGGGAGUUGAUCAAUGCGGUCAUUCGGAUUCAAGCGUAGAAGUUUCUGCAACCGAGGAGCCAAACACCAGCACCCACCACCAUUUUAUGCUUAGAGAAAAUGAAAGCCGGAAUGAGAAAAUGGACACUUCCUCCUUCAUUGAUUUCCUCGGAGUGGGUGCCACUUAGUUAAAAUAGUGAGUUUUGGGUUUUGGGCUAAGACUCUUGAGAGGAGCGAAACCAAGUACAAGAAUAAAGCAUAUAUUGAGGAUAGAUAACAUUGUCUCGUUCUCUAGCCUUUCAUGUACAGUGAGCUCCAGAGGGGAGAGAGAGAGAGAGAGAGAAGUGGCUUCUUAUGGUCAAAACUUUCUUGUAGCUAAGGAGGAAUAAAUCUGUUGCCAAUAAUUUUGAUCA